AUGUUGCGCUCCACCUUGAUCGCUCUCUUCGUUUCUGUGACGGCCGUCGUUGCUUCGCCAUUCAAUACGACUGCCACACAGAGGGUCUGUGGAACAUACAUCAGCGACGAACAGAUCGCCGCUGCUGAAGCCCACUUCCAAGCGCACAAGGUCGUGCCAACCGCAAAGCUACUCGCUGCCACCGUCCCUGUAUACUUCCACGUAGUUACCAGGGAUUCGACCCUCAGCGGUGGCAACGUUCCCGAUUCCCAGAUCACUGCCCAGAUAAACGUCCUGAACGCAGCUUAUGCGGGCAGCGGGCUCACUUUCACACUUGCCGGCACCGACCGCACUGUCAACGCUGGCUGGUUCAAUAGCGCGGCGCCCUCUACUUCUCAACAAACGGCCAUGAAGAACGCCUUGAGAGCUGGUGGAGCCGACGCCCUCAAUGUCUAUACCGUUGGGUUCAACUCGGGCUCCGGUGCCGGCCUGCUUGGCUACGCGACCUUCCCUUGGAGCUAUUCCAGCGCUUCGAGGGAUGAUGGUGUCGUGAUCUUGUAUUCUUCGCUUCCUGGUGGCACUGCCUCUCCCUACAACCUUGGCCAGACUCUCACACACGAAGUAGGUCAUUGGGUCGGGUUGUACCACACUUUCCAAGGUGGUUGCUCUGGGGUAGGAGACCAAGUCGCCGACACCCCCGCCGAGGCUUCUCCUGCGUUCGGAUGUCCAACUGGUCGUGACACCUGCUCCUCCGCCGGUCUUGAUCCCAUCCAUAAUUUCAUGGACUACACGGAUGAUGCUUGCAUGACCGAGUUCACCCCCGGCCAAAUCACCCGCUUCCAGUCGCAGAUCGCGACAUACCGUUCAAUCAAUGUCUGA